CAGUUGAAUUUUUCUCCCUUUGUUCCGCAAAAGGUGAAAGUCCUCUCUCUGUUUAUAACAAAGAAAGUCCAAAAAGAGAGAGAGCAUGAUGAACCCACAAACAGACAAGCUUGUGAGGAGGACGACAAUGGUGGCUACCAUCACCGCCUCUUAUUUUCUCUUAACCGCAAAUUAUGGCCCCGAACCCAAUGCUCUUGACCCUAUUAAGAAGGCGAUACAAUCAGCAGAAAAUUCUGUCAAAGAGUUUUUUGUGGGAUCAAAGAACCAGUCUCGAGAAAGUGAAAUUGAGAAGCUUGAUAGCAGUAGCGCGAAGAAACAUCCAUAGUUUGAAUAACAGUUAGCUUUGUAUAUGAAUAUCAUGGAUUUGAGUAAACUUUUCAGCUCUUAUCAAAGCGGGUAAAAAGAGU